GCGGGGAGCGGCGGGGAAGUGGCCGCGGCUACUCGGCCGGCUGGAGCGGGCGCGCGCGCGUGGGAGCCGGCCGUGGGCGGCGGCGGGAUGGCGCGGGCCGGACCGGCGUGGCUGCUGCUGGGCGUCUGGGUGACCCUGCCCAUGUGGCUGUCCUCAACCAAGGUCUCCUCACUCACGGACAGAAUUGAGAGGCUGUCGGAGGCCAAGGACCUGAAGAAGCUGCUCAGAACCCGGAACAAUCUGCUGGUACUCUACUCCAAGGCGGAAGCUGCCCCUGACAGUCUGCUCAGCCUGCUGUCCACCGUGGCCCAGGCAGUGAAGGGGCAAGGCACCAUCUGCUGGGUGGACUGCAGUGACGCAGAGAGUAGAAAAUUGUGCAAGAAAAUGAAAAUUGACCCAAGUUCAAAGGACAAAAAGGUGGAGCUACUCCAUUACCUAGACGGCGUCUUUCACAUGGAGUAUAACAGGCCUAUGACGCUAAAGUCCAUGGUGGCCUUUAUGAAGGACCCCAAAGGGCCCCCUCUGUGGGAAGAAGACCCUGGAGCCAAAGACGUGGUACACAUCGACAGCGAGAAGGGCUUCAGACGGCUCCUGAAGAAGGAAGAGAAGCCUCUGCUGGUGAUGUUUUAUGCCCCCUGGUGUCCCAAGUGCAAGAGGAUGAAGCUGCCUUUCCAGCAGGCUGCGACGAUGACCCGAGGCCGCUAUGUGCUGGCCGGCAUGAACGUCUACCCCUCGGAGUUCGAGAGCAUCAAGGAGGAGUACAGUGUGCGCGGCUAUCCCACCAUCUGCUAUUUCGAGAAGGGCCGCUUUCUGUUCCACUACGACCCCCAGGCCUCCAGCGCCGAGGACAUCGUGGAGUGGCUGAAGAAUCCGCAGCCGCCAAAGCCCCCGGUGCCCGAGCUGCCCUGGGCAGACGAGGGUGGCUCCGUUUAUCACCUGACCGACGACGACUUUGACCGGUUUGUGAAGGAGCACUCCUCUGUCCUCGUCAUGUUCCACGCCCCAUGGUGUGGACACUGUAAGAGCAUGAAGCCGGAGUUUGAGAGCGCAGCAAAGGUCCUGCAUGGAGCAGACAGCGCAGAUAGCUCUGGUGUCCUUGCAGCUGUCGACGCGACUGCCAACAAGGCGCUGGCAGAAAGGUUCCACAUCUCCGAGUACCCGACGCUCAAGUACUUUAAGAACGGGGAGAAAAUGUCCGUGCCCGCACUCAGGACCAAGAAGAAUUUCAUAGACUGGAUGCACAACCCCGAGGCCGCGCCCCCGCCCGAGCCCACCUGGGAGGAGCAGCAGACCAGCGUGCUGCAUCUGACCAGGGACAACUUCCGGGAGACCCUGAAGAAGAAGAAGCACACCCUGGUCAUGUUCUAUGCCCCUUGGUGCCCGCACUGCAAGAAGGUCAUCCCCAUCUUCACAGCCACUGCCGAGGGCUUCAGAGACGACCGGAAGAUCGCCUGUGCUGCAGUUGACUGUGUCCAGGGGAAGAACCAGGAGCUGUGCCAGCAGGAAGCCAUCAAAGGCUACCCCACGUUCCACCACUACCACUAUGGGAAGUUGGCAGAGAAGUACGACGGCGAGCGCACGGAACUGGGGUUCACCAACUUUAUCCGAGGCCUCCGGGAGGGAGAUCACGACAGACUCGGGAAGAGGAAGGAGGAGCUGUGAUUUCUGCCUCAGAGAGCGUUUCCAUUACACUGUGAAUGAAUGAUGCCUGUUGUUCUUUCCGAAUUUCCACAUGUUCUGAAUACAAAGUUUUUUAUAGCCACUGAUGGCCUGUUUUGUACAAUUUUGAAAUAAAAUUAAACCAAUUGUU